ACAGUACUCAUACGUCAUGACCGAUACGUUACGGCGAUUAGCAGCGUGUCUGUCAUGGCGGCUCUCUUGACGGAGGACAGAAGCUCCGUGUCUCCAUUGGACUGCUACAUUAUCCAUGAAGUGUAUGAUGGAGAGCUUACACAUGAGCAAUUUGAGUAUGAGUUAGAAUCUGCCCUAGAGCACCAGUACCGCUAUAUUGUUAUAGAACCAGCCCGGCUCGGGGAUGAAACAGCUCGCUGGAUCUCCGUGGGGAACUGCCUCCAUCGCACAGCUAUCCUAACGGGAACUAUGUGCUUGCUUUCCCCUUUCACCUUACCCACAGACUAUUCCUGCUGGCUGGGGCUUCCCACUGGCAUGGUCAGCAUUGUUUGUGCAACCCUCUACAAAGUCUCUUGGGAACCAGAUCCCUGCUGCAAGUAUCAGGUAGAGUAUAAUGCUUGUGAACUUUCUCGACUCCCCUUGAGCACACUGAGGACCUCCGCUCCAGUUGUCUUGGUUCGCAGGGAUGAUACCUCAAGGAAGAGGCUACACAAUGUGAUUGCUAUGACUGCUUUGGCAUACUGCCUUCGAAAGCUUUUUGAACUCUAUACAGACUGACAGACUGGGAUGUGGCAGAAACAAAGUUGUGCUCUUCAAGAGAAGUGAGUGGUUAGUUCCAACUACAGGAGACUAUAUGGCAUUAACCCAUGCAAAACUGCAGAUGGACGUACCCUUUCAGUCCUCCCUCAUUUGUUCCAAAACCUUGAAGCUAGUAACACAGUGAAAGAAAGCUACAGGAACAUAAAAAUGGGGGAUUUGGGCAUGGAUUUGCCAGACAAAAAGUUUAACCAUCUUUUUUUUUUAAUAGGUUAAGUAAUAUCAUAAGCUGUAAUUUUACUUUUUUAGCAAAUGCUUUGAGUGCCUGUUUCAGAUGAGGCAGUAAUCACAUGCAACUGAAACACUAAUGUCUACAGUCAUGUAGUCUCAAGUGCUAUAUGGAAAUCACUGUUUAGGGUUGAGUGUCUGCAUGUUUGAGUCAUCAGGCUUUCAUGAACUGUUGAUACAGGAGUUAUGUGUUUCAGCUUUAUAGUGGUGGCAUGUACUGAGUUAUAUUAAUGGCAGGACUACAGACAGAUGGUGCCAAGUCACUGUAUUUGUUAGAAGUGUUAGUGGAAUAGUUGUCCUGCCUUAGUAAUAGGCUAGCAGUAAUUUGUUUCAGAGAAAGCAGAACUGAGUUGUACUCCAAGACUAGGUGUAGCCUUCAGCAGAUUUGCCAAAGCUUUGCAGCCAUGUGGAGGAUUAACAUUUUUCCUUGCACUUGUUUUGUAGUGAUACAGAUGACCUUUUCCUUUUCAUUAAGUGCCAGAGUCUGAGUUUUUCUGGGCCCUUGAAAAAGCACCUUAUUAUGGUCUUACCAUUUAAAGGAAGCCAUAGAAACAUGUACAUUGGUUUUAUUAAAGACCAGUAACUGGAGGGGGAAAAAGAGCCAGAACAAGUUGCACACUGAAGCAGUUUCUCACAGUGGCUUUAACUUGUUGACAUGAAUUUUCUCUACCAAAAGAAAAAGCUGCAGAAUGUUUAGUAAUAAGUGGGAUAUAUCAAGUGGAACUACAUCAAAAAGUUUUUUUGUCAAAACUGGAACAAUGUGAAGUAUAUUAAAAUGAUUAAUUUAGCUGUAGAAAAAAACAUGUGGUUAGAAACCAGCACUACUACCAACUUAGUUGAAAUGCAUAAGUGAUAAUUUUAGGCAUUUUGCAUAUUUUAGAAAUCCAUAACCAAGUACAUGUAUGCACUUGUGUGCUUACACACGUAAGCUUGAAGUAAAGCAUGUCCUUGGGGUAGAUUGUGUGUGGAUGUACCACAUGUUUUCUGUACACACUCGCACACAUGCAGCAUUUAUGUAAUGCACACACAUGUAUGUACAGAGUUAUAUGUGUGUGUUUUUCACAUAACGUAUGAUCUUCAGAUUAUGCAUUUUAUCUUCAAACGUGUUUGAGGUUAAAUUAAAAUUAAAAAAACACUGUCCAUUUUCUUUUAAGUCACUACUGUAAGACAGGUCAUUAUACAUUUAUUUUUAUAGUAUACUAGUUUGCUAAUAACUUUAAACAUAAUGUUUAUAUAAAUGUUUCAUUUAGAUUUCAUAUGUUAAUUGCAGUGCUAUAUGUUAAUGUUGUAAUGUACAGUUCAUGAUACUGUGAAAGCUGCACUCAAGAUUGGCUCAGUAUGGAUUGUGCCAUGUCCUUUCAUUUUCUUUCUGCAUUGGUUCUAAGUAGCACUUUGUCAUUUUAGUGUUAGCCAGGGUAUUGAUGCUGUAUGAACUGGUGCUUUGUUAAUACACUGAAUGUACCUCUGAAUUCAUUUGUCUUCCUUUGUGGAGGGAUAAGACUUCAAUAAACCAUCUAUCACUUUCUGAAAUACCAA